AUGGAAUCCGUCUGGUACAAGGGUCCAAAUUCUGUGCAAAGGAGGAGAGGGCGACAGACCUAUAGCCGCUUUCAAACACUAGAGCUGGAAAAGGAGUUUCAGUACAGUCACUAUCUUACUCGACGUAGACGAAUAGAAAUAGCCCAUAGUCUAUGUCUUACUGAGCGUCAAAUUAAAAUUUGGUUUCAAAAUCGCCGAAUGAAGCUGAAAAAGGAGCGGCAGCAGAUCAAAGACCUCAACGAUGAAAUGAAUCGUCGAAUAAUGAGCGAAAGUCAAAGAAACCUCAAAAUUCCUUUCUCGCAACCUAUACCUCCUGCUACUUCCCCUCCCAUUCCUCCUCCUCCACCUCCUCCUCAUAUCCCUGAGAUGGUUGAUUCAGGACCUUCGUCUUUCCCUCACUUUAUGCCCCAUCACCCCUUGUCUCAUCCCAGUAAUCUCCAUCCCUCCUCUACGGGGUCGAAUGAAGACUUCUCUGAAGUUGAGCGCGCUAGCUGA